AGUCCAACUAACGAGGUAUCUGCCAACGACAUCAGCAUGAAAAAUACUGUUUUGAUAUUCUUAGUUCUAUUUUUUAUUCACACGACUGAUGCGAAAUCCCCAACACGAAGCAAACGCCAAUGCGGAUGUUCAUCGAAACCUCAAAUGGCUUGUAAAUGUUCAACUUCUACAAACAUCUCAAAUCGUGUAUGUUCAUGCUCCCCACUCCCUUCAACAUCUUCUUGUGGAUGUCAAGCUUCUUCUUCGUGUGCCAAUUCCUGUCGUUCCACGUGUCGACCGACUUGCUCGUCUUCCGGAGGAUUCGGAUGUCGUAUGAAUUGCCAGAAUACGUGUGUAAAUGCAUGUAACAAACAAUUCGCGCCGACUUCAUCCUCUUCAAUUGUUCAAAUUAAAAACCAACCAUCUGUAAUUCGAGCAGUCGCUGGAAAAUCAUGUCUUUCGGGUUGUAAUUCACAGUGCUCAAACGUUUGUCAACAAAAACAGUACAGUUCGUCGCAAUGUGCAAGCUCUUGUAAUCGAUCGUGCUCUCGAGUUUGUCAAUCAAACCCUUCAGCAAGCUCUUCACAAUCACAAACAACAACACAGACACCAUUGAAGGUGAGUAUCAAAGUACUGGAUGAUGGAGCAAAAUGCAUGUCUACUUGCUCGGACACUUGCCGUUCUUCUUGCUCAAAUAGAGUUUCCCAAUCCACGUGCGAUGCUACGUGCCAAAACACUUGCUCUUCGAUGUGUCCAUCUCAAUCACCACAAGGAUCACCACAAUUACCAACUCAAACCACCACUACUAACGCACCGAUUAAAAUAAAAAUCCAGGUUCAACAACAACAACCACAGCAAUCUCCUCAAAACAGUCCUCAACAACAGGCGCAGCCACAAGCAUCACAACCAAUUGCACAAACUACUCAGACAAUUCCUGCCUCAAUUCCUCAAGCAGCGCCUCAGCAACAGCCAAAUUGCAUGGCCCAGUGUCAAACUGGAUGUGCAAAUUCGUGUGCUCAACUUUCACCACAACCAACCGAAGGCUGCCCAACAAAUUGUAGAAAUACAUGCAAUGAAGUUUGUGCACCAACUGUGGCUUCACAACCAAGUACACAAGCCCCACAGUCAUACCCAGUACUACUUGAUCCCCAGCAAAGAUGUUCUUCGGAGUGUCAAUCAGUUUGUCAGCUAGCCUGUGUAACUCAGAAAUCAGCUCCUCCAUCUAGUUGCCUUGACAAAUGUUCUCCACAAUGUGACUCUGCCUGUACAAGUCCUCAAGUGCAACGGAACUCUGCACAACUUUUCACACCUUCCGCCGAUCAAGCACCUGCUUCAUCUGCUCAACCAAUAAAAAUUAAUAUUUCGCUUGCUCCGUUGAAACCAUCGGCUUCAACGUCAUCUUCACCAUCUCCUACCUCUCUUUAAAAAAUUAAAUUAUUUAUUUAUUUAAAUGUUCAUCAAUAUUUAUUGCCAUGCUUGUUCCCGUUGUCUUUCAAAUUUUCGACUAAAAACCAAAUUAAAAUAUUUUAUUUUCGAAAAUAUAAUCCAAUAAAUACAAAUAUUA